AUGCGGCCGAUCAGCUCUGGCGACGAUGUGGAAGAGUGGCGCGCCGGUGACAAUGACGACGACGGAGGCGCGGAUGCGGUUGCUGAUGUGGCGGCAGAUGCGAUGGUAGAAGCUCAGGUGGCGGCGACUGCAGAUGUCCCUGCUGAGGAGCAGCGACCCCGCCUCUCCGCUGCUAACAAGGGGAAGGGUAAGGUGGUGGAGGUGCCUGCUAAGGUCGCCCCUCGCGUCCGCCAAAGUAAGAAGAAGCGCAAGGAUGAUGGUGACCCGGGUUCAAGCAAAGGCGCGAAGAAGCAGAAGAAGGCCGGGAAGAGCAAAGACGACAUCCUGGUCAACGAGGCGCUCGGCAGUGACGACGAAUACGCGGAGGCUGCAGGCCCCAUGCCUUCGUUCCCUGAAAAGGCGAAGCUAAAAGACCCCACCAUCCGUAAUGGUAACUCCCGCCCCCCUUCCCCACGCAGUCGCGGUACUAAGAGGACCAGGCGGUCCUGGUCUGUGCGCGAAAAGGUCAAGUGGGAGCGUCGCUAUGCGGAGCUCGACUCCCUCAAGAAGACAUUGGGAGAGUCUUCAGCCAGCAUCGCAUGCAUCAGACGCUGGAGCGCGCAGGCUGCAGCGGGCAUGUACAAGGGCGCUACAAAUUUACGCAAGCGCAUGCAUGGAGCGGGCCGCCACUCACACCACCCCGACAUGGAGGCGGCGCUGUACCGCUACAUCUGUCUGCAUCGCCCGAAUGGGGUGGCGAUCUCAUGGAUUGCGGAGGCGUGGGAUCAAGUCCCCAGGCAGGUGAUCAUUGAUGCGUUCCGCCACUACAGCAUCUCAAGAAAGCUGGAUGGGACCGAGAACCAUCUAGUGAUGUCCCACCUGCGCGCGAGGAGCACCACCGAUGUCACCGAAGACAUGUGCCUCGCGGGCACCACGGGCGACAACACGCGCCUGCUUGGGAAGGCUCCCGAGGAGGAUGAGGAGGAGGAGGAGGAGGAGGAGGAGGAGGAGGAGGAGGAGGAGGAGGAGGAGGAGGAGGAGGAGGAGGAGGAGGAGGAGGAGGAGAUGCAGGCGGAGGGUGUGAUGGAGGUGGCCGUGGCCACCGGCCUGGAGGUGCUGUGCCAGGAGACCCCCCACUACUGGGGAGCGGCGGCCGAGGCUGACCGCAUGAUCGAGCCCGUGCAGACGGCCAAGCAUGCCUGGCGAGUGCCAGACUUGGAGAUGCAGGAGCCAGGAUCUGCUAGUGCAGAUGAGGAGGGCGUAACCGAGGGGGGCUAG